AUGUUCUUCAUUCUCCAAGUCAUCGCCACCUGUCUCCAGGCCGUCUAUGGCACUGUCUAUGCCACAGUCCGCGCCAUCGUUCAAGUCCUUGCCCUCAUGAACACGGUCUCUGACUACGAGGAGGAGCAGGCCAUGGCCAGACUCCGGGCUCUGCAGGUCGACGACGAGGAUCUCCCGUUGAGUGAUUCCACCCUCAGAAUGCAGAUGGCCGAGGAGAGACACCGGACCCGGAAUUAUCGACAAAUGCAUAACUCCUCAACCUCUGCUGCGUCGCGCCGUGCGCGCUGGGACCAGUGGGAACGGCCCGAUGCGUCUGAUCAAGUGCACCAGCCGCCGCCAGGCCAGCACGAGAGUGGCCAGACCACUAAUACCCAGCCGUCCGUCAACCAGCAGCUCACAGAUGCCCAACUUGAGCCUCUUGCUCAGCCUGAAAUCCAGCAUCCCGCUCCCAUCGUGCCCUGCAUUCGGCCUCGUUCGGAUGCCACCGUCGCCGAGGACCCUCGCCCAAUCGCGCAGCUGCCAGGAGUCGCUGUCAGCACGCCUGUCUUUGAAGAUUCCGACUCGGAUGACUGCGACCCCUUGCAUGACGACUGGGAGCUUCUGUAA